UUCUAGUAUUUAACACUCUUUCUCUCUUUUCCCUUUUCUCAACAAAAACAAAAUACUCUGUAUUUCUUCUUCUUCUCUCACAAAUCACAAUGUUCUCAUUGAAUGGAACCAAUUUUCCGAACGAUUCGCUAUCUGGGGUUUCAAGAUGUUUGAUUCAGUCCCGGAAAAAGGUGUCUUUUCCUAUGGUGGUGGCCUCUGUGAGCCCAAAUGGAGACCGGAAUGUGAGUGUUUUAAUGGAAAAUACUUUGAAGGAGAUGAAGGAAAAUUCUCCAGUUAUAGAGAAAGAUUCUAAAUCGACGGUCACUGGUGGAGUCGGCGAUGUGUACGGCGAGGAUAGUGCCACUGAAGAUCAAACUAUUACUCCUUGGAACUUCUCUGUUGCUAGUGGAUACUCAUUGUUGCGUAAUCCACACUACAACAAAGGGUUAGCUUUCAGCGAGAAAGAAAGGGAUUCACACUAUUUACGUGGUCUUCUUCCUCCUGUGGUUUUUAAUCACGAGCUUCAGGUUAAGAAAUUGAUGAACAAUCUGCGUCAGUAUGAUGUACCACUGCAAAGGUACAUGGCCAUGAUGGAUCUUCAGGAGAGAAAUGAGAGGCUAUUCUACAAGCUUCUUAUGGAAAACGUGGAAGAGCUUCUCCCGGUAGUUUAUACUCCAACAGUAGGUGAAGCAUGCCAGAAGUAUGGUAGCAUCUUCAGACGACCUCAAGGCCUUUUCAUCAGCUUGAAAGAAAAAGGCAAAAUUCUUGAGGUAUUAAAGAAUUGGCCUGAGAAGAAAAUUCAAGUUAUUGUUGUAACUGAUGGAGAACGAAUAUUAGGCCUUGGAGACCUAGGUUGCCAGGGAAUGGGGAUACCAGUAGGGAAACUCUCUUUAUACACCGCUCUUGGAGGCAUUCGGCCGUCAUCUUGCUUGCCAGUAACCAUUGAUGUGGGUACAAACAAUGAGAAAUUGUUAAAAGAUGAAUUUUACAUUGGGCUCAGACAAAGAAGAGCUAGAGGACAGGAAUAUGCUGAACUCUUGGAUGAAUUUAUGUCUGCUGUCAAGCAAACUUACGGAGAGAAAGUGCUCAUUCAGUUUGAAGACUUUGCGAAUCAUAACGCAUUUGACCUUCUUGCGAAGUAUGGAACUAGCCACCUUGUUUUCAAUGAUGACAUUCAGGGGACUGCAUCUGUGGUCCUAGCAGGGAUCAUGGCAGCACUAAACUUAGUGGGGGGAAACUUGGCACAGCAUAAAUUUUUAUUCCUGGGAGCUGGAGAGGCUGGUACCGGGAUAGCAGAACUCAUAGCUCUUGAGAUGUCAAAACAGACUGGAGCCCCUCUAGAAGAGACACGCAAGAGAACCUGGAUGGUGGAUUCUAAGGGGUUGAUAGUUAGGUCUCGUAUGGAGUCACUUCAACAUUUUAAGAGGCCCUGGGCUCAUGACCACGAGCCAGUAAAAGAACUGGUGAAUGCUGUGAAGUUAAUUAAGCCAACCGUCUUGAUUGGGUCUUCUGGCACUGGGAAGACGUUUACUAAAGAAGUGGUACAAGCUAUGGCAACCUUCAAUAAGAAACCAGUUAUUUUUGCUCUCUCCAACCCAACAUCACAGUCUGAAUGUACUGCUGAAGAGGCUUAUACAUGGAGUGAAGGGCGGGCCAUUUUUGCUAGCGGGAGUCCAUUUGCUCCAGUUGAGUACAAGGGGAAAGUUUUCGUGUCUGGUCAGGGAAAUAAUGCAUACAUCUUCCCUGGUUUGGGUCUGGGACUUAUAAUAUCUGGUGCUAUUCGCGUUCAUGAUGACAUGCUCCUGGCAGCCUCGGAAGCUUUAGCAGCAGAAGUAAGUCAAGAGAACUUGGAGAAGGGACUAAUAUACCCACCAUUUGCCAACAUAAGGAAGAUUUCAGCUCACAUUGCUGCCAAAGUAGCAGCAAAAGCAUGUGAACUUGGCUUGGCCACUCGUCUACCUCAACCGGAGAACCUAGUAACAUAUGCUGAGAGUUGCAUGUACAGUCCAAGUUAUCGUAGCUAUCGCUAAGUCAAGGAAGAUACAUAAAAUUAGUAGUCAUGGAUUUUCAUAGCUUUGAA